AUGAAUAAAAAGUCAUCAAAUCAAACAAAAAGUAUCUACGAUCAAAAAACACCUAAAAUCGAAAAUCCGAAAAACAAUUCGCUUAUGUAUUCAACUUCGCUUCAUUCUUCGAAUUCAGGCAAAUGCAAUGAACUCCAUCGGUACAGAACACCAAAUAUAUCAUUUAAUUUGGCUAAUUUAUCACUAGAAGAUCAUGACAAAACUUUAACUAUUGAUACGUCGACAAGGAAAAGUCGAUAUUUUUGGAAACAUUUCCCCUGCGCAUCACCCAUCUCCGAUUGUACACAAAGGAGAGAUUCACAAAUGGAAUGGCAUGAUCAUGAUGAUGAUCAUUGGCGAAUGGUUCGAUAUCAUUUUAUUGAAUCCAAACAUUUACAAUUGAGUAGAAAAGCUUGUCUAGGUAAAGGAGAGCAUCACUUCACCAGUUUAUACCGUAUUUAUAUUGAUGAAAAUGGUAAUAAAUAUUCAUUUUUUUGAUUAAUUGCGUCAUUUUGGAACAAUUUAUGUGUAUUGGG